AAUCCUAGAGGUAGACAUGAGGAGGAAGAACAUGGAGAGAGUAAGAUGCAUAGAUAUCGUUAUCUUUAUGAUGAGGGAGAAGAGGUCACAGUGGGAAAAGAGGAAAUGUUUGGCAUCGAAGAAACUGAGUUGGUAAUGUCUAUGGAGCCUAAAGGUAGCACCAGUGGAGACGAAAAAGAAGGAGAGCAGACGGAAAAGGAGAAUUUCCAAACGGAGGAAGACACAGAAAACAUAGAAGAGACAGGAGAGAGGUUAGAGUGGGAAAUGGGAACAGUGGAAGGAUCUGGUGUUGAAACAUUGGAAGAGUCACUGAAAUUAUUGGAACCGGAACAUAGUGCCGAUGAGGAGAAGAAAGGAAUGGAUGAAGAAAGUCUGAUUGAACCCACCCCUUUUGACCAAGACAUCGAUUCAUUUGGUAUUGCAGAUCAAUUACAUAACCAAGAGAAAUGCAACAGAGUCACUGCAGAAACUGUCAAUACAGAAACUGAGAUCAACAAUGAAGCAAGCAUGGACCACAUAGUUGACCCAAUAGAGGUCUUCAGUGUUGGACUGGACCAAUCAGAAGACACUUUACUCAUUGAGGAAGAAGUUAGUGAUUUCACACUGCUUGUGAAUGAUUCUGAAGUGAACGAGAACAGCCAAAUAACAUGUGAUCGUGCUCUUAAAAUAGAGUCAGAUGACACUUUGAGCACUGAUCCCAAAAUCUCUCCUAGUCAUCUCAUCCAAACUCCAUGUAUGGAAAUCACUAACCCCUUUCUCACCCCACUAUUACUGCAGAGUAUUCAGGGGAAUGAGGAGGGUACAAACACUGACUCCAAUACCACAGGCGGACUGGACACAUCAGAGGUCAUUUUACUCAGCAAGGAGGAAGUUAGUGAUCGUGUGCUGCUUGUAAAUGAAGUGAGUGUCAGUAGCCAAAUGACGUAUGAUGAUAGAACUCUCACAACAGAGACCUGCCAAACAGAUGAGGCUUUGAGCGCUGAUCCCAAUAUCUCUGGUAGUCAAUGCAACCAAACUCCAUACUCGGAUGAAAGCCAUAACUCCUUUCUCAAUCCACUCUUACUGCAGAGUGUUCAAGACCAAGGUGUUAAUGCAGCAAACACAGACUCCAAUCAGAGUCCUUCUCCAAACAGGAGGAGAAAGAUGGGGUCGACUCGUAGGCAUCCUCGAGGUGCACAAAGAGAAGAGGAUGGCACAGAGGAGAAACAAGAAGGUGAAAUAGAAAGCACAGAGGCGAUAGAAGACAAGGGAGAAAACAUGGAAGUAGUGGAAGGUUCUUGCAUAGAGUUUGAAAUGUUGAUGGAAUCUAAGGAUGGAGCUGGUAAUGAGAAGAAUGAAGGAGAAGAGAAAAAUGAGGAGAGUGUCCUGACUGACCUCAGCUGUUCAUUCAGUACUUCAAAUCAAGAGGGAAGAAACAUAGAGGCUGACAAUAUAGAAAGUGAGAGCCAAUCAAUUAUAAAGGAAUCAAUGGCAACAAAACUCAUGCUUCUAAGUGAAGCAGAGUUGACUGAGAAUAGGCAAACUCUUCACAACCCUGAUUUUUCUACUCUUGACUCCUACCUGACCGAUGACGCACUGAUCUCAACAGAAAAAGUUAGAGAGGCGGAGGAGAUUGAGGUAGAAGUGAAAAUAGUCGCAGCGAGCAAGAGCAGCCAAACUCCCUUUGACACAUCAGCUCUUACAAUAGAGGCCCAAGGGUCAGGCGAUAUGGUUUGUAUAGACCCUCAUAUCUCUGCUAUUCAACUUACCCAAACAGCUGACAUGGAACAACGUCUGUUUACACCAAGUAAUAGCCCCAAUCUUCCUUCGAAAUCAUCUCUGUCUCUGAGUUCCCAAUCUCACGAGGAUGUUGGUGAAUCCAAAGCUACAGGGAAGAGAAUAAAUAUGGUCUCUACUCAUCGGACACGAGAAGCAGAGACGCAGGAGACAGGAGAAAAUGUAACAGAGGCAGAGGUCAGAGCUGAAGCCAUUGGAAAUCCAGAAGUUAAUGCUGUUUUGGAAAGAUUUCAAGAGGAGCACAGGGCUGAAGCUGUCAGUCUGGAGGACCAACAGGAGAGACAGAGCACAGAGAAGGAGGCAAUACUCAUAGAGGUGGUUGCCUCAAGCACUGCUUUGAGUGGAAUAGGGUCUGAACAAGUGGCUCCAGCUCCACAACCAGGCCCUGGGAAUAAAAGAGGUCAAGAAAAGGCAGAGCGUGUGGAGAAGGUCCCGGUCACCAGAGAGAAGAAGAUACAGCCACCGGGUACCUUUGGAAGCUCUGGCUCUAGAUCAAACCCCUACAACGUGGUGAUGGUUGGAAACAGCAGUGUGGGCAAAACCUCCUUCAUGAGGCGCUUCCAAAGUGGAGAGUUCUGUCUGCACCACGAUGCUACCAUUGGUAUUGAUACCUGUAUACAGUCUGUGACAGUGGAUGCAAGCCCAGUGACUCUACAGUUAUGGGAUACUGCAGGUCAGGAAAGGUUCCACAGCAUCACCAGACAAGUGUUCCACAAAGCCCAGGGUCUACUGCUGAUAUAUGACAUCACUUCCUCUCAGAGCUUCUGUGACGUCCGCUACUGGGUCAACUGCAUUCAGGAGGGGGCCCCAGAUGAUGUCAUCGUUAUACUCCUUGGGAACAAGACUGAUUGUGCUGAACUACAACGAGAGGUUCAGACUCAUGAAGGGGAGAACCUUGCAAAGAGGUACGACAUGCUCUUUAUGGAGUGUAGUGCUGCUACAGGUGACAAUGUGACUCUGUCUAUGGAAACUCUGGCAAGGAUGCUAAAGAAGGUGGGUGAGGAGACAAGACAAGAAGAGGGAAGCUUGGUAUUGCAGAAAGAACCCCCAAAGAAGAAAUCAGGCUGCUGCUGAUCAAGGUGGAGAAGAUUGGUCCAUCUCAUAAUGUGCAGCACAUACACGCACGUACGCACACACAUACGAACGCAUGCACGUACGCACACACACAAAAUGUAUUUGUGCCUUAUAAGCCCUUAUGAUUGUAUUUUUACUUCUAAAUGUUCUAUAUGUAAUAUAUCAGAUUUGAAUGAAAACAAUAUUUUGUCAAUGCAUGCCAAAGCAUAUACUGUAGUGGUAUUAAUGUGACGCUUGAGAUGAUUCUCCCUUUGGUACUUCUUUCAAACACUGUUUGUGGAGGAACAUUUUUAUUAAAUUAUUAAGAGAUAUAUAUUCAUACCAACACUAUUUAUUUACAGUAGAUAGUGUCAUAUUACAAUUAAUUGUAGGGUUUCUUUUUUCUUGUAAAACAUCCAGCUAUGCAGUUUAUACAAGCCUAAUAAAUGCAUAAUACAUUCAA